AUGCCCUUCAACGCAGAAGCAUACGACCUCAAAUGCCGCCAAAUGUCUGACGAAGCUCUCAUCGCAAGACGAUCCCACUACAUCCGCCGGCUCGCGAGCAGCUCGACAGCAACAGCGCUCCACACAGCAGCGGGCGCCGUCACUGCGGGGCUCAGCUGGCUCAUGGUCCCCUACGACGCGGCACGCAUCCGGAACGCGCGCAGGAAACGGCGGAUCCUCGAGAGGCAUGCCGUCGAGAGGGGCCUGGCGGUGAAGACGAAGAGGGGGGACGUGUUGGUCCCGAUGGCGCUUGGGGUGACAUUUGGCGCGGUUGCGAUCGAGGGGGCCGAGGUGUGUGCUGAUGUGCUGGUGGGGAGCACCGGCGGGUCGACUUCGAGCGCAGCGGCGCAUGGUGUUGUCAAGGGGGUUGCUCAUGUUGGGCUUGAUGCUGGUGUUGCGGCGGCUGAGCAUGCGCAGGCCAAGAGAGGAAAGAUGAAAGUUGAUGAGAGGUUGAUGGGGGUAGGUGAACGAGGUGGUUCGAUGAGUGAAGAACCGGAAAAGAAAUGA